AAUAACAAUAAUCUAUUUCAGACCGAGAUCGAAACAGAGACAGAGUGCACGGACGGCAUCCUUUGUUCAAAUAAUAACAACAACAACAUCAACACAAACAAUAAUAAUGUGGCAAAUAUUAAAAAAUCCGGUGCCAAUAUUACGACUAACGACAGUCACGAUGGAAUGGAAAUGGACUGUGGUGGUUGCGGGGAAAGCGUACGCGAGCGCACUGUCCUCUGUGUAGGGGGUCGUACCUGGCAUUCCAGAUGUCUGAAAUGUUGCGCCUGUGCUAGACCACUGCACGAUCAGCACUCCUGUUUCCUUCGAGGGAUGCGGCUUUAUUGCAGACACGACUACGCCUUAACGUUCGGUGCCAAAUGCGCGAAAUGCGGUCGAAGCGUGGGCGCCGGCGACUGGGUGAGAAGGGCCAGGGAAAGGGUGUAUCAUUUGGCUUGUUUCGCUUGCGACGCAUGUUCCCGUCAACUCUCCACCGGAGAGCAGUUCGCCCUCCUGGACGCCAGAUUGCUCUGCAAGGCUCACUAUCUCGACGUGGUGGAGGGAAACAAUACCUCGUCCUCGGAGGAUUGCGACUCUGAACACGGUGGGAAAGGUAGCAAGACGAAGAGGGUCAGGACGACUUUUACGGAGGAGCAACUAUCGGUUUUGCAAGCGAACUUUCAGUUAGACAGUAAUCCUGAUGGCCAAGAUCUCGAGAGAAUAGCGCAUGUUACGGGGUUGAGCAAACGUGUGACGCAAGUAUGGUUUCAGAACUCGAGAGCCAGGCAGAAGAAGCACAGUGGGAAAAUCAAAACUCAAAUGCACCAUUCACCACCGAUGCAACAUCAUCCAGUAGAAUUAUACUCAACCAGCGUGAACAUGGUAGGCGCCUAUUUGGGAGGAUAUCAGGGUGGUAGUGCAGGAAGUGAAAGUCCUGGCAGUCCAUUGACACCUCUCACCCCUCUGACACCUCUAACCCCAACAACACCCAAUCACCUUCAAGCUCAGUUCUGUCAUCAAACAGGGUAAAACUUCGUCCAAGAAUUGAAACCGGUGAUUAAAUUCAAAUUUUCCAAGUUUCAAAGACAUUUCUGAUUUUUUUAAGAUAAAAAGUUUCCUAUUAAAAUCUUUUAAAACAUUGAUCUCGUAAAAUUCAGAGAACAAAAAAAGAAUAAUAAAAUUCGUGGAUUUCAAAGAGGAUAGUUUGAUUUAUAGUUUAAUUAAUUAGUGGAAAUUUUUGAUAUUUUUAUAAUUAUUUUAGUACACGAUGAUUUUUUUAAAUUUAAAUAUGAUGUAAAUUUGGCAAAAAAAAGAAGAUAAAAUCUAUAAUGAAUCUAUGAUGGAACUUUAUGAAAAAUUGAAAUAUUAAUCCUCUUUGAAUUCUUCAAUGUUCUCUAUUUUUUGUACAUACCAAAAACAAAUUGUUUAAAACGAGUAAAAAAAAGUAAAAGUGAUACUACGGAUAGGAUAGGAUUCUAUGAUGAGGAUUCUAGGAUAGAAAUAAACGAAAUGAAUUAAUUAUUUAUUUCAUUUCGAUUAACUCCCACGACUGAUUUCUCAUUAUGAUUUUUUUUCGUUUUAACAGGUGUUUUAUUCGUCAAAAGUGCAAUCAAACAAAAACUAGAAUUACAAUUUUAAAUGUGUUCAUAGAAAUCUCAUAUUUUUCAAUUAGAAAUUAUUUUAUAAAUUUUAUUUCUCAAGGUCAAAUAAUUAUUCAAAUUAACAUUUGCAUAAUUUCAACUUUUUUUUAUAAUUCUAUUAAUAAUUUUUAUUCUUUAUUAUUUUUAAUUUUUAAAAUCAUAGUGCAUAUUGAAUGUAUGAUUAAAUAACGAUAAGUCUCAUUUUUAGCGAUAAAAAUUGUUACACUCAUUAGUAUUCAUUAAAUUCUUACACAUCUCUUAUAAAGUAUUUUAUUUUUAAGAUAAAAUUGUACAUAUACAUAUCCCGUAGCUUUUGUAUAUAAAUUUCAAAAAGAAUCGUGCAUGAGUAUUUGAUAUCAUUCCCUAUAUUGUACACUCAUAGCGCAAUAUUGUAAACCGUACUGUUAAUAAUAAAAAUGUCUUUUACUGUUAA